AAAAUCACAGUUCAACUUUCUCCAGCAAAGAGAUCGCUUGUCAAGAACAAUGUCAGCCCAAUUCCAGCAACAGGUCCUCGACGAGCACAACCGGCUCCGAGCGAUCCACGCGGCCCCUCCGCUGAAACUCAACCAGGCCAUGUGCGCCUACGCCCAGGAAUGGGCCGAAGACAUUGCCCGCCGGAAGACGCUGCAACACCGGACGGACAAAAAGUACGGCGAAAACAUCUACGCCAUCUUUGGCCGGAAAGAGGUUUCCGGCGGGGACGCGGUGGCCAGUUGGUAUGCUGAAAUUAAGGACUACACAUUCGGCGAGAAGGAUCCGGGUGGGAACUUUGGCAGGGUGGGCCACUUUACGCAGGUUGUGUGGAAGAAUUGCAAGGAGCUGGGCGUCGGAAUGGCCACCAACGGGGACAGCGUGUUUGUGGUGUGUAAUUACGAUCCGCCGGGGAAUUAUAAGAAUCAGUAUGCGGAUAAUGUGAGGGCGGCCAAGUGAGGAAAGAAGUGAGGUCUUUGUGUGACAACUUUUGCAAUUUUAUUUAAUUUAUAGACAAAAAAUCCAGCAGAGUGAUAAAAAUUACGAUUUUAUGAAUUAAAAUUAUUUCUCCCAACUAAAGGAAGCAAACAAUAUUAAAAACAAAACAAUUUUCCAAUGGAAAUUUACCUGUAAUAAACGUAAAUCGGGUAGCCGAGUAGACUUUUCUUAUGAAUUACAUCUUUUUUUUUAACCGGAAUGACUUUGAUAACCACUGUGUUUCGUGAAAAAUGUCAGCUUGAAAGUGUGCAAAUUGUGUUGAUUAUAUUAAAUAUACUCAAAGUAAAGUUAUUUUUAUGGUUUCCUUUCAAACAAUAAUUAAAUGACUAAGUCCGUUAACUUCCUAUUA